AUGUUGGAAGCAUUCGAGAUCUUGACUGCCUCAGGGGUAGUCCUGUGGUCGAAAUCGUACGCGCCCGUCGGGGCGCAUAUUGUUAACAGCCUUAUCAAUGAUGUCUUCAUCGAGGAGAAGGUCCAGCUUCAGGCAACGAACAAUGCUGCCCCUUCGUUCAAGAAAGAGAAGUACACUCUAAAGUGGAAAAGAGUGAAGGAAUUCGACUUGAUCUUUGUGGCCGUCUAUCAGUCUCUCUUACAGCUUGGUUGGAUCGACAAACUCCUGGACAACAUUUCCACCCUGUACAUCGAUUUGUACAAGGAUCAAUUACGAAGUACUCGCGCAAGGAUAGCACAGUACCCCUUUGACAAAUACUUUGACCAGCAAGUUCGGGAGCUUGAGGAUAAGUCGGGGCCUAUCUCUUCGGAGGCAUUCGUGGCUCAUGCGGUCGAUAAGAAAGACCCGCUGGUAUCGUCUGACAAUGGCGGCCCCCCUCCGCCACCUGUGCCUGGUCUUCUCAAAGGCGACGAAAACCGCAAAGGAAAGACACCCAAGAGCGGAAAAAAGAUGCGCAAGUGGGAUGCCGAUGGAUUUGCCGAUGAAGAUGAUGGUCAGAUCCUCGACUACUCAGCCCAUGCUGACGGUGAAGAAGCCGCUGCUCCAGCUGUGGAAGGCGUGUCGCAAGAUUCUUGGGGACGCAGAACUGGCAAGGGCCAGUUCGUACUGAAAGAUUUGGGAGACGAAGUUCACUCGAUUUUGGAAAAUGCAGAAAGCGACAAAGCAAAGGAUGUGUCCUCUGCUGGUUUCGUCGGUUCAGGUUUCAAUGCCAUUGGAGGUCUUCUACGUAAUAUCGUGGGCGGGAAGACCCUUACCGAAGCAGAUUUGGAGAAGCCCUUGAAGACCAUGGAAGAUCAUUUGUUGAGGAAGAACGUUGCACGCGAGGCCGCGGUCCGGCUGUGUGAGGGUGUCCAGCGGGAGCUCGUGGGGAAAAAAACAGGCAAUUUCCAAAGUGUGGAUGCUGCUUUGCGCUCGGCCAUGGAGUCAUCUCUUCGGAAAAUACUGACGCCUACCUCCUCUCUUGAUCUGCUCCGUGAAAUCGAUGCGGUUACGUCUCCCACUAGCAAGCAGCAAUCUCCUCGUCCUUAUGUUAUUUCGAUCGUUGGUGUCAACGGCGUUGGAAAGUCGACGAACUUGGGAAAGAUUUGCUAUUUUCUACUGCAGAACAAAUACCGUGUUCUCAUCGCCGCAUGCGAUACUUUCCGAUCUGGAGCUGUGGAACAGCUACGUGUUCAUGCACGGAACCUCAGGGAACUCAGUGCCCGCGAGAACGUUGGCGAGGUUGAGCUGUACGAGAAGGGUUACGGAAAGGAUGCAGCAAACGUGGCGAAGGAUGCUGUCGAAUACGGAGCUGCCAACCACUUCGAUGUCGUCCUUAUCGAUACUGCCGGCCGCCGACACAACGACCAGCGCCUCAUGUCCUCGCUGGAGAAGUUUGCUAAAUUUGCUAAUCCAGACAAGAUCUUCAUGGUUGGCGAAGCCUUGGUUGGUACGGACAGUGUGAUGCAGGCUCGCAAUUUCAACCAGGCCUUCGGUACUGGGCGGAACCUUGACGGCUUCAUCAUCAGCAAAUGUGAUACAGUUGGUGACAUGGUGGGGACGCUGGUCAGCAUGGUGCAUGCUACAGGUAUUCCCAUUGUCUUCUUGGGAGUUGGUCAGCAUUAUGGUGACCUGAGAGGACUCAGUGUCCCUUGGGCUGUCAAUUUGUUGAUGAAGUGA